CUUCGUAGUAGCACAUCCCAAUUGUCUCAGAAUACAACGCAUGUCUCUGUCCAGCUUCCAGCUCCAACUCACCACCAGCUGAGUUAAUCCUCUAUAUCGUUGCAUCGCGCAGCAUCACCAACACAUCCCAUCGUCGCAUCAAGCUCCUGUCGAGCUACCCCGGAUCGUCGUUACUCAGCCUUGCGAUGUCAUAGGCGUUCCAGCCUCGCCACAGUCGUAAUCAAAGCACGACAUACCGUCCCGAACCUCGAGCAUAUACCGAGAGCCUCACGUCGAGAGCCUCUGAAGCAGCCAUGCCUACCGUUAUCGAUGGCUUCGAGGCCCUGUAUUAUAUGAAUAUAUGGCGGAUCCUAGCCGACCUCACGCACUCACUGUCGAAAUGCAUCCUUAUCUUCGCCAUCCACCGCAACCGGAGCUCUGAAGGCGUCUCCGUCAUCUCCCAAGCCCUCUACGCCCUCGUCUUCUGCACCCGCUACAUCGACCUCUUCUGGAAGAACCCCAAGGACAACUACUGGAACUUCAUCUUCAAAAUCUUCUACAUCGUCUCCUCGCUCUACAUCCUCCUCCUCAUGACCCGCAUCUUCGCCCGCACCCGCGAGCGCGAAGUCUCCUACCGCCUCGGCGCAUACAGUCUUCUCGGCGCCCUCGUCCUCUCCCCCUUCAUCACCAUGAUCGCCGAGAAGGCGUGGGGUCCGUCAUUUUCCUAUAUCGUUAUCAACUUCUCCCUCAUCCUCGAGAGUGUCUGCGUUUUGCCGCAACUGCUCUUACUGCGCCAGACUACGGUCCCGACGGUCAUCGACUCGUACUACCUCCUCGCGCUGGGCGCGUAUCGUGCGCUGUAUAUCUGUAACUGGAUCCAGCGUUACGCGUCUGCGGACCCGGUGAAGCCAGAGGCUGUGGCGGUUAUCUUUGGCGUCAUACAAACACUACUAUACGUCGACUUCGCAUGGGUGUACUACUCACGCCAACGCGUGAAGCUGCGCAGCGGCGGAAUCGUAGACGCCGAUGACCUGAGCAAGUCUUGGAUGUUACGGCGAGUUCUUCGCCGCGGCCGGGACAGCGAGGAGAAUGAUGAAGAAGCGAGACCAGCGCUGGGAGAUGAUGGGGAGUAUGAGCAGAACGUGUCCGGGAGGGAGGGGUCGAGGGGACGAGCGGGGGGUUGGGGGAGGAGGGGCAUCAGUGUUAGUGCUGAUGAUGAUGUGCUGGCGGCGGAGAGGGGUGAAGGGAGCCCGAUUGCGGCGGAUGCCAGGAUGAGGGAUCCGGAUGAGUUGGCGAGGAUCUUGCAUGAUGAGGAUGAUAGUGAUGCGGAGGUGACUGGGGCGCCGAAGGCGACGCCGAUUGGAGGGGAGGAGUGGAGGGAUAGGAUUUAGCUUGAUGUGGUGGAAGAGGGGUGGUUGUUUGAUUGAGGAAGUCUUGGGUGUUUGAGACUACAGGGCGAGAUUGUUACUAUACAAUAUGUUAAAUGAAAUGAUAUUAUACCCCCCACUGUGAAAAUACAAUUACCAUUUGGUAUGAUGGGGAUCAAGAAGUGUUUCGUAGAGACCAGCAAUCGAAGAAGAAUUAGAACCUGCG